AUGCUGGACCUUGUGCUCCUGGAGCAGUUCCUGACUGUCCUUCCACCAGAGAUGGAGAAAUGGGUGCGUGAGUGUGGAGCGGAAACCAGUUCCCAGGCGGUGGCCCUGGCCGAAGGCUUCCUGAUAAACCAGGAGGAGGAUAAGAUUCAAGAAGAGUUGCAGAAAUCCUUGGAAGCCACGACUGAGUAUCCCAAGGGGGGGAAAGAUUCAUCCAAACCCUCUCAAGAGCUGCUGUUCGGGGAGAACUUCCAGAAAGGUCAAAGUCAGGACAUCACGCCAGAGAGUAGAAAGCUGUCCGUGGAAUUUGUAGAGUCACCUCCUCUUUGUGGUGGAGCUGAAGGAUUGGCUGAACCUCUACUUCAGGAUGUUGUGUCUUUUGAGGAAGUGGCCGUGUAUUUCUCCAUGGAGGAGUGGUCUCAGCUGGACCCUGCCCAAAAA